UGAGAUUACCAACAAAAAUAUAUAAUUUAUUUGAGAAAAAUGCAUUUUGAGUUCCAACCACACUUCAAUAACUUUUUGACUACUGCAGUACCUCGGCACAGCACUGACAUUUUGACAUUCGUCGAGGUUAGAAAGUUUGGUGCAUCUUGCUGUGUGUAUUUACUUAACUAGAAUUAUUGUUUUCGCAGUCUUGAAGAGUUUUUUCAAUUGUAAUUUGAUGCUAAUAAUUCGUGAAGCUGUGUUUUAAAAUCAUUUCGAUAAAAUUAUCAUGCCCGCCUUUUUCAUUUUUGAACCGAGUUGAUUCCUAAAUUCUGCAUCAUUACUCUAUAAUAUUUUUAUUGUUUAAUUCGAUUCUCUCUAUAAAAACUCCUUUGGAGUUAUGAAUGGUACUACAAUGGAUCGCCAUGGUCAAGUCACUCCUAAACUUCACAGGGAUUAUAAACUCCUAGUAGACCCCUUUCUUGUGAAGGGAGCUGCUAAGUUGUACAGAUAUGAUGGGGUUGUACCAAACGAUGCAUCCUGUCCUCCAGUUAUUGCAAGAGAUCCUAGGUCUCACUUAACUCGUAUAUGGACUAGGCUUGAGACACUAGAACUUCCUGUCCCUAGAUUCAAAAUUGACCAGAACUAUGUAGGGGAGCCACCUUCCAUUGAGGUAACCAUCUUUCACCUGAAUGAUAACAUUGACAAGCAGUUUCUGCGUGACAUGGUGCAAAAAUUUGGUGUCAUAGAAGAAUUGUUCAUCUAUUAUCAUCCUACUACAAAUAAACAUUUAGGUAUCGGUAGAGCUGUUUUCGAUACAGUCCAGAAUGCAAAGGCUUGCGUAGAUAAGCUGAACAAGACUAGUGUAAUGGGAAAAAUUCUUGAUGUCUUUUUGGACCCCUUUGGUGAACAGUGCAAAAAAAAAUUUGAAGAAUUCACAAUUGAUAAAAAGCCCCAGUCUGUUGUGGAAAUAACCCCUUUAACAGAAGAUAAAAAUAAAAUUGAUGGGGAUAAACCAUAUGACCCUGCAGAUAAUGAUUUUGAUGAAAAUGAUAUUUUCAAAAGCAGAGAGAAAGAAAAAGAAGUAGAAAUUGUGAACAUUAAAAAAAAUAAGGACAGAGAGAGUGAAAGGGAGAGAGAUCGGGAUAGAGAUAAGUAUGCCAGUAGAAAUUAUAGAAAUAGUGAUUUUCCGACGCCAAAUAGUGGCGACAUGGGAUACGUAACUGCACCUAGUGAAUUUUCUACAAGUUUUGGGUCAGCUGGGACAACCCCAUUGAGUUUUGACUACCACAGCCACAGUAUGCCAGCCAUGACAAAUCAGUUUCCCUUCGCAACACCCACCUAUCCCAUGAGUGCUCCUCCCCCUACAGUAUGGCCAAUGACAACACCUCAGUGGCCCAUUGAUUCUUGGGAGAGGUCUCCGGCUGGUCUAGCUCCUCCCCCCAAGUGGUCAGACGACAAACAUUCCCACAGAAGCAAAGAAAAAGAUUUCAGAGACAGAGAUAGGAAUAAAGAUAGAGACAGAGAUAGAGACCGAAAGAGAAAUAAUAGUGGUAGUUCUGGUAGCAAAUCUCGCAGGGAGAAAGAAAAGGAUAAAGAAAAAACAGAAGAAGAAAACAAACCCCUGGACUUGGAUACACGAAUAGCACUUUUAUUGAAAGAAAAAGGUGCUGGAGGUAUGGCGCCUCCGUUCCUUGCUUUUGGCGCUGAUUCUGAUGAUGACUCCAAGGCCUCUGACAAGUUACCGAAGCACCAUCCUAUUCCUACUUCCAUGGACAGUGACGACGAUCGUUCCAGUAUAUCUCUGAGCGAUAUGCCAAUCAAUCCACCGGCUCCUGACUUGGACUUUGAUUUCAUGAAGGACGAUGAAAAUUUUCCUUUAUCGGUGCCUCCUUCUCCCUUCUUAUCCAAGGAAAUUUAUUUGGAGUGCCAUCGACUGGCACUAGAACAGGCUGUAGUAGCGAGACAGCGUGAAGCACUGGAAACCACUGCCCUGCUGAAAAAAGCUCAUAUUGAGUCGAACAAAAUUGGCAGCGAUAUAUCGUCAAGCGAGGAUGAGCUGUUAACUGGAGAGGGCAUAGAACAGAACUACAGUCCCAUCGACAGGUCAGAUUUCAAGAACGAAUUUAAGAUGGAAGACGACAGAAUGAGUCUCUCGUCAUUGAGCAGCAACGAAAAGAUCGAGGAAGCGAAGCCAGACCCACAGCCUCCUCCUCUUCCGCCUCCGACCUCUGCACCUCCGCCCAUGCCCCCCAUACCUGGUGUUUAUCCGGCACAUUACCCAGGUUUGCCACACUACCCUGGUUAUUCAGGUCCACAGUACCCCACAUUCCCCCAAGCGUUUCCCUAUGCUGGCCACCAGGACUGGCGGCAAACCUACCCUUACGGACAACCCGUGUACCUCCCCCACCUGCAGUAUCCACAGUUUCCUCCACUGCAUCCUACCCAACCAUAUGUUCCCUAUCAGCUACCUCCAAAGAGACCAGAAAAUGACAAGAAUGAUCCUCACGCUUCGACCAUAAACUCGGUCAUUCAACAAGUGACCCAAGAACUGAAGAAUAUACUCAAGAAGGAUUUUAACAAGAAAAUGGUAGAGAUGACGGCAUUUAAUAAAUUCGAGUCUUGGUGGGAAGAAGAAAGUUCGAAAGAAAACAAAUCAAAAGAGAAGGAGGAGGCUGAAAAGCUGGUCCUGUCACGAGACAACAUCAACGUUCUUCUUGAAUCGAACCGUGAAAACCUGUACAACAAUUCACUAGGCGGCGGCCUAGGACUGAGAGCCUCUCUUCCUAAAAUGCCAAGUUUCCGCAAGAAAAAAAUUCCGUCACCAGUGCCAGAAGACGAGGAUGAAUCUCACAAAGAGUCCGACAAUGAAGAGAUCGUUCACGAUUCAGAUUCGGAGGUUAGCAGCAGGCCACUAGAGAGGACGGAGCGUAAAUUGUCGACCAGCAGUGCAAGCAGUUCCAGUUCGUUCAGUUCGAGCGAAAGUGAGAGCUCAGAUGAGAGCUCAUCCGAUUCGGAAAUCGAAGUUGAACAAAUCGACAGGCGAAGUGUUAGUCCAAAAGUUGAGCCAGAGAUUAAGGAGGCCGUCGAGUCCAUGGAGGAGAGCAGCUCGCCUCUCAGAGAUGGGAUCGAGGCGAGGAACAAAACUCCUGAACCGAUGCAGGUGGACUCUGAUGAUUUAUUCACUCUAAAGAAACCUGAAAAAACCAAUAAACUUCCAGUGGACUUAUAUGACAGUGAUAGUGACCUCAGUGAUACUGAACGUUUGAUAUUAGAAAGAAGAAGGUUGAACACUGAAUAUAUGGAACAGAUGGAGAAAGAACGAGGCGAAAGACAACCCAAGUCGCCUGAAAGGGAAUCGAUGAAGGAUUUGGAGACAGGCAUAUCACCUCAGAAAAUGGAGGUGGAUGAACCAGAAGCUGAGGAAAGCGUUAUGGAAAAGUCUUUAGAGGAGUUAGAAGCUGAACGGGAUGCUUUACUUCAGCAAGUACGCAAUCCAGAUCCUCCGAGCGAGAUGGAUGUAGAUGGCCAAACAAGACCUUCUGAACAAUUGAUUAAAUUCAAGGCACGUUCGCAGAGUGACUCCGAUGAAGAAAACCUAGAAGAAAGAAGGAAAAAGAAAGCCAAGAUACGAUCAGAUAUAAAUGGCGACAUUAUUACAGUAAAGGGAUUAUCAGAAAGUUCAACUGGAGAGAGCAGUCCGUGUAGUCAGGUUGUUAAUGAACACUCUUACUGUAUGCAGAGGCCGCUACAGGAUAAUAUUAAUUUACCGCAGGAACCACAUAAAAACAUCCAAUCGACCAAUGAUCACGAAUACACUUUGAAAAAGAUGACGGUGGAAAAAGUUAACAGUGAGAUGGAAAAGGUUGGUAUUAAGGUGAUUCCUCCCAAGCAGCCGAAACCUAGGAAGCCGAAAGGUUACAAGAAAUUACAGGAGCUCCAGAACAAAAUGGCCUUCGAGGACCAAUUUGAUUACAGAAAAGCUGCUCUGCCAUACAACAUUCAUGCCGGUGUCUUGCACAAACCUCGAGAUCAGAUAUCAGAGUUUGGAAUACUCUAUGAAUUCCUUACUAAAGGUAUCGACAAGGAGGACACGGAAUACAUGAAACAAACUUAUGAUGAAAUGCUCUCCAACGAUACAAUGGGCUACUGGCUAAAUGACACCCAUUGGGUUGAUCACUGUAUGACAGACUUGUACUCAUGCCCGCCGAAGAGAAGGAAAAAGGACGAAAGAUUACAUGUUAGUGGAAGUGCAAGGACUGAAGGGUACUAUAAGAUUUCAGCCCAUGAGAAGUCUAGGUACAAGUAUCAUCAUGCCAAAUCAAACGCCAUUAUGACAGACUCCGUACAGGCAACUACAAAACAAGGAUUAUCAAGAGAAGCAAGAUCCAAUCAGAGGAGACUUCUUACAGCGUUUGGCAGUGUUACUGAUUCUGAAUUACUGAAAUUCAAUCAACUCAAAUAUAGGAAGAAACAACUCAAAUUUGCCAAAUCGGCCAUUCAUGAUUGGGGACUGUUUGCAAUGGAACCUAUUGCUGCUGACGAAAUGGUUAUUGAAUAUGUUGGUCAAAUGAUACGACAUAGUGUAGCUGAUCUCAGGGAACAAAAAUAUGAAGCAACUGGAAUUGGCAGUUCGUAUUUGUUCAGAAUCGAUCUGGAGAAUAUUAUAGAUGCAACAAAGUGUGGUAAUUUGGCUAGGUUUAUCAACCACAGUUGUAGUCCUAACUGUUAUGCCAAAGUGAUUUCAAUCGAAUCACGUAAGAAGAUUGUGAUAUACUCAAAGCAAACCAUAGGAGUCAAUGAAGAGAUAACAUAUGACUACAAGUUCCCCAUCGAAGACGAGAAGAUACCGUGUUUGUGUGGAACUUCCGGUUGUAGAGGUACCCUCAACUAAACGCAAAGGCAAGUCGGUUUUGAAGAUUCUCACAGAAACUUUCAUUGAAAAUUACACUGAUAGUUUUGAACUGAUGGAGAACUAAAGUGUUCAUUAUCGUAAUCAGAGUGAAAUAUUCAACUUGCAAUAUUGUUCUGAAUGAACUUUCUGGCGGAGAGGAAAGUAGUAUCUUAUUUUUGCGAUUUAAUUAAAGGGAAAUCAUGUAAUUAGAAAAUAAUAGGAGUGAAAACCAGUUUUUUUUGAAUGUUUAUAAAAAAAAUUGCUUUGUUUUUAGGUUUGCUGUCUUUGAAGAGAAUUCUGUCCUUUUUUUAAAUAAGGAUAAUUUUAUAUUUUUCAUCCAAGUUCGAGAGAAAUUUGUUUGGAUAUUUUUACUUGUUUCAUUGGAAAUUUAUGUAAAACCAAAUCCUAGUGAGAAUUUUCAUUAAUAUCUUCAAUGGUUGAAAUGGUGUAACAAAAAAAUAUUGAGCAUGGCUCUAUCGCUUAUGGGAGUAUGUCAUAUUGAGAUAUAUCGUAACUCCAGAGUAAAGCUUGAAUCCUGUUCAAUUCAUACCAACUAUUCCAAGAUUAGGAACUGCAACUUCUCAGCAUCAGAUGUAAAUAUUUGUGUAAAAAUUUACUGGUAAUUUUGCAGGGGUCCUGUUGGUAACUUUUUAUCAUGAAUUUCAUUUUAAUGGUCUUUAGUGUAUCAUAACGAGAAACGAUUAUUAGACUUUUAAAUUAUACGUUUUUUUUUAUCUGUAUAUAUUCGCAUGUACAUACUAGUGAUAAUUAUUUGUUGAAUAUUGUGUUUUUAUUUCGAACACUGACAAUUAAAUGAAGAAAGUACACUU